AUGCUGCUGCUAUCUCUGAAGUUUCAGUCAGUUUUAAACUCUGUUAAAGGCAUUUCCUCCAUUAAGUUUGUGAACCCUAAGGGAGAGUACAGCAUCCAGUGGAAAGUAGACAACUAUCCUUGGAUAACUACCCAUAAAAGCAAACUCAGUGAAUCUUCCUACAUUUCCCGGGAUUUGGAUACUAUCGGAGCAGAGGGAGAGGACACAGUGGUGGUGAUUGGAGUGGGGCAGCACUUCCGGGCCUACCCCCUGGAGCUCUUUGUCCGCAGGUUGCUGAGUCUGCGGGGGGCCAUCCAGAGGCUGCAGGCCCGCAGUCCCGGGACCCGCAUCUUCAUCAAGCUGGAGAACACCAGGGAGCUCUCCUCAGAACCAGAACGCUUCAGUGACUGGCACGGACACCUGCAGAACCUGGUUCAGAGGAAGGUGUUCGGGGACCUGGAGGUGGGGUUUGUGGAUGCCUGGGAGAUGACAGUGGCUGCCAACACCUUUGUCGUCCACCCCAACCCAACAUUCAUUGCCAGCGAGGUGGCGGAGUUUCUGUCCCGUCUCUGUCCUACUCCACAGGAUACCAGUGCUAGAUCAGUGUCAUGUAAUAAAUUUUCUUAAUCUUUGUAGACAAA